CGUGGAGGCAGCAAAGGUGGGAGCAGUGGCCGCAGAUGAAAGAAACCAUCAUGAAUCAAGAAAAACUAACUAAGCUGCAAGCUCAAGUGCGCAUCAGUGGGAAGGGUACUGCCCGUAAAAAGAAGAAGGUGGUUCACAGAACAGCAACAGCAGAUGACAAGAAGCUUCAUCAUUGUUGUUUACUUCAGUUUUCAUUAAAGAAACUUGGAGUAAAUAACAUCUCUGGUUUUGAAGAGGUAAACAUGUUUAUCAACCAGGGCACUGCAAUCCACUUCAACAACCCUAAAGUUCAAGCAUCUUUAGCAGCUAACACUUUCACAAUCACAGGCCAUGCUGAGACAAAGCAGCUGACUGAAAUGUUGCCUAGCAUUUUAAACCAGCUUGGUGCUGACAGUCUGACCAGCUUGAGGAGACUACAAGAGGCUCUGCCCAAACAACCUGUGGAUGGAGAAGCACCUCUUGCUACUGGUGAGGAAGAUGACGAUGAAGUUCCAGAUCUUGUGGAGAACUUUGAUGAGGCAUCAAAGAACGAAUCAAACUGAACUGUCACUUUGAGUAAAACUUGAACAUUACAUGGAGCUGCUAUUUCAUAUUGUGAC